AUGUCAAAUAAUAGCGAAUCAUAUUGCAUAAAGAAUGAAGAUUAUGAUAGUGCGAGGUUUGGGCUCGUCGUAUUUCUCGGAACGCCGAUCGCUCUUAUAGGAAUUCUUUCUAAUGCCUUUUUAUUCGUGAUGUUCUGGAAUAAACCUUCAUUCAAAUCACAUCGUUUUUAUUUAUUAGUUUUAGCAAUAUUUGAUAUGCUAAUAUGUUUAUUAUAUAUACCUUUUUUCACAAUCGAUGCUUUAGCACUUUUUUAUUCAAUUAAUUCAUUGCACCACAUAUAUAAUUCAUAUGUUAUACAAGUUUAUGGAAUAAGCAAGUUUGUUCAAUUCGCAUCGACUUAUAUGGUUUUGUGCGCAACCGUUGAACGAUUUGUUAUCGUUUCUGGAUUGCAAUCGAUGGCAUUUUUAACAACGUUUGUAGAAUACUCGUUUCAACCUGUCCUCAUUGCUAUCGACUCAUAUAAAAUUUAUAAUUUUUAUGUACUCAACGUGCUUCAUAUCUUUUUACCAUUUUUACUUCUUCUCAUAUUAAAUAUUUUAAUUGUUCUCCUAACUCGACGACGAUUGUAUCAAAAUUUACUCAUAGAUAUACCAAUUUUAUCGAAUUCAUACUUAAAAGAUAGCCAAUUUUCACAAAAUUUAAGUCGUAGGCGAAGAGACGAACUAAAAUAUGCAACAUGGACUGUCGUUGCAAUCGUUUCCACUCACCUUUUUUGCAAUAGUUUUUCAUUUUUCAUUACUCUGUUGGAAAAUUUAUUUCACGACAGCUCACUUACGAAAUUCUAUACAAUAAGUGCUGAUCUUAUAAGCAUUUUGGUCACACUGAAUAGUCUUCUUCGGCUCGUGGUUUACUUCUUAUGUAAUCCACAAAUUCGACAAGAAAUGCUUCAAGUUUUAUGCAAUUACAAGUAA